AUGCCAAAAUCUGAAACAAUCCUGAUUGGAGGCGACGUUGGAAGAAAAACAGAUGGUUUUGAGCACGUGCAUGGCGGUUUUAGCUAUGGAAAACGGAAUGAAGAUGGCAACCGCAUCCUUGAAUUUGUUGAAAAAGAGAACUGGCCGAAGAUGAGCAAUACAGCCGGUGAACCAGCCAAAAGAUUGCACGAAUGGUGCGGAAAGAUGUCGCAACUGCUUUCUUCGCUAACCGACCGAGUGAAACGGUUGGAGGCAAAAGAUGAAAAGAAUUUAUUAGAAAUAGAAAGAUUGAAGACGGACCUCGAAUCUGCCAAAAAAGGUAGCAAAACCCUGUAUCAGUGCUGA